CGCCGCACCCGCCGGCGCCCUCCCGGGCCGCGCGCCCCACGCCGCCGCAGCCGACCGCUCGCGCCGCGUGCUCGGCUGCUCUUUUCUUUCCGCCGCCCGCGUUCCCGCCUUGGACCUCUGCGCUCCGGCGCGCUCCGUUCCGACCUCUGGCUUCCCUCCGCGCUCCGGCGCUGCUAGCUGCCCCUCUCCCGCUUCCCUCCUGUCCGCCCCGCGCUCCCCUCCUCGCUCCCGGUUGACUCACUCCUCCAGGAAUAGGGAUCCCCGUGUUUUCCCGUCAGUCCCAUUCUGGGAAAACUCCUCCCUCUGCGCGCUCCGCUCCGCUGCGCUGGGCGCACCGGGGCCGGUCGGCGCGGGGUGGGCUUGGCCCCGCGGCCCCGCCUUCACUGCGCCGCCCGUCGGCCCCGGCCGGAGCCCGGCUCUGCGCCCUGACUGACGCCCUGUCGUCCCCGCAGAGAGAUCGUCGCGGCCGGAAGAGUUGGCGCUCGGGGCGGACUCCUUGGAACUGGCUUAGCGCACCCAUCCCACCUUCCCGCACCCUGGGACCGGUCCAACGGGCGCUCCUCCAAGCGGAGCCUUGGAGGGCAAGGCCGGCACCAUUACCUCCAACGAGUGGAGCUCUCCCACCUCCCCCGAGGGGAGCAACGUCUCUGGGGGCAGUCAGGCACUGGACAAGCCCAUCGACAAUGACGCAGAGGGCGUGUGGAGCCCGGACAUUGAGCAGAGUUUCCAGGAGGCUCUGGCCAUCUACCCGCCCUGCGGCAGGCGCAAAAUCAUCCUGUCGGACGAGGGCAAGAUGUAUGGUCGGAAUGAGCUGAUUGCCCGCUACAUCAAGCUCCGGACAGGGAAGACCCGCACCAGGAAGCAGGUCUCCAGCCACAUCCAGGUGCUGGCUCGUCGCAAAGCUCGCGAGAUCCAGGCCAAGCUAAAGGACCAGGCAGCCAAGGACAAGGCCCUGCAGAGCAUGGCUGCCAUGUCGUCUGCACAGAUCAUCUCCGCCACGGCCUUCCACAGUAGCAUGGCCCUCACCCGGGGCCCCGGCCGCCCAGCAGUCUCAGGGUUUUGGCAAGGAGCUUUGCCAGGCCAAGCCGGAACAUCCCACGAUGUGAAGCCUUUCUCUCAGCAAACCUAUGCUGUCCAGCCUCCGCUGCCUCUGCCAGGGUUUGAGUCUCCUGCAGGGCCUGCCCCAUCGCCCUCUGCGCCCCCGGCACCCCCAUGGCAGGGCCGCAGCGUGGCCAGCUCCAAGCUCUGGAUGUUGGAGUUCUCUGCCUUCCUGGAGCAGCAGCAGGACCCGGACACGUACAACAAGCACCUGUUCGUGCACAUUGGCCAGUCCAGCCCAAGCUAUAGCGACCCCUACCUCGAAGCCGUAGACAUCCGCCAAAUCUAUGACAAAUUCCCGGAGAAAAAGGGUGGACUCAAGGAUCUCUUCGAACGGGGACCUUCCAAUGCCUUUUUUCUUGUGAAGUUCUGGGCAGACCUCAACACCAACAUCGAGGAUGAAGGCAGCUCCUUCUAUGGGGUCUCCAGCCAGUACGAGAGCCCUGAGAACAUGAUUAUCACCUGCUCCACCAAAGUCUGCUCUUUCGGCAAGCAGGUGGUGGAGAAAGUUGAGACAGAGUAUGCUCGCUAUGAGAAUGGACACUACUCUUACCGUAUCCACCGGUCCCCGCUCUGUGAGUACAUGAUCAACUUCAUCCACAAGCUGAAGCACCUCCCCGAGAAGUACAUGAUGAACAGCGUGCUGGAGAACUUCACCAUCCUGCAGGUGGUCACCAACAGAGACACACAGGAGACCUUGCUGUGCAUCGCCUAUGUCUUUGAGGUGUCAGCCAGUGAGCACGGGGCUCAGCACCAUAUCUACAGGCUGGUGAAAGAAUGAGAGACUCGGGGAGCAGGGAGGGGGGAAGAGACGUGUGUGCAGGAAAUGGGGACAUGGGGAGGGGACCUGCAGGGGCAGCCCCCGGAAGUGCCAAGAGAGCUGAGAGGAGCAGUCGUGACUCUACCCAGGAACAAACUGUGCCUGAACCUGAGGUGCCCAACCCCAAAUAAACCCAAGAUGCUGUGUAUUUUCAGA